AACCAGGUAAAAUGCACACACACACAGCCGCCAGCCGCACACAACGUUAUUAGACUUGGAGUUGGAGAGUAGAAAAGUUGGAAAAAACUUUUUUUCUUCUCCACAGCAGAGCAGACACCACCAGUUUAGAGUCGAGACCUGUGCUCAGUGGUGGUGUGUGUGUGUGUGUGUUGCUGCAUUUAUUUUUUGAUUUAGAGAAAAUUGUGUGUCGUGUUUUGUUUGUUGUUGUGUGGCCUCGACUGGACAGUGUGUCGUCGACAGCAGAAGAAAUCAGACGACACAAACAAGUUUGUAUUUGUCGGUUGUCUCUUCACUUCACGUUGUGAAAUGGUAACAAAACAAAAGGCGUCGUGUCGUGCCAAUCGCUCGCCGUUGACCAGUUGACUUUAAUUUUUCUCGGCCGACACCUGGGCUGCUGCUGCUGUGUGUGUGUGUGUGUGUGAAGGUCGGUAGUGUGUGUGUCGUGUGUGUGUGUAAAGAAGAAGAAGAAGGUUGGAUGACGCCAUUGAAUAAUAUCCCGUAAUUCACGUGUGGUUCAGGUGAAUGGAAUGGUGACGCAAAUUGGGUGUCGGAAGAGCUCGGCUCCGACCGGACGACAAAUCGAAUCAACUGCAGAGCGGCCGCCGCUGACAUCAUCGCACCGGAUGAUGAUGCCCAGGCAUCCAGCCUCCUCCAAUUAGGCAGAAAUUAAUCGUCGAACCUCAGACGCCCCUUUUUAUCUUCUUUCUCUAAUCAAAAAACAAAACACAAAACUAUUUAUCUGAUUCCUGAACCAGAAAAAGGGAAAAUAAGGAGGGAAAAGUGUCUUGUGCCCAGUGUCUGGUUGUUGUUGUUCAAGUGGAUCAAAUUGUUGAUCUUUGUGUUUGCGUGGAACGUGUGUCAGUGUCGUGGGUGGGAAUGAAUGACCGGCCGCCGUCGUCGUCAUCCGGCGACGCCGGCGCUGCUCCUCCCGGUCCCUCACCUGCCGCUGCCACUGCCGAAGGAGGAGGAGGAGGAGGAGGAGGUUGGGCCAUGGUGCAAGACUCGAAUGGACCGGCUGGACCGGACACGAUCCAGCAUCACGACCAAUCGCCUUUCGUGACCCACAGUAGUCAUCGGAAUAGCAGCGGCCAAUAUCAUCACAACAACCACCACCAUCACCACCAACACAACAGCCUCCAUGUCUAUCAUCAGCCUCACCUUAUCAAAGGUGGAAUGUCGAACGGACUGGGCGAUUUGGAGGCGCCGCAACAGCAGCAACACUUCCAUCAGCAUCACCACGAGGCGGAAUCGGACGCCGACGAAGAAGUCAGGAGCCUCGAUUUGCCCGCUCAAGUGGGCAUCGAUUUGCGGAGUAAACGGGUCGGAUCGACCGAGGCGCUGGACAGGGAACGGCCCAUGUCGUGGGAGGGCGAAUUGUCGGACCAGGAGGUCAGCCAAAUGGACCAGCAGGAAUUGCCUUCGGGUCCUUUGCUGAACGCCUGUCCAUCGGCCGCCGAAACGUCAGCAGCGACGGGCAGCGGACCCAGCCCACCCCAACAGCCGCCACCUCCUCUUCCGGCCCAGACGACGGCGUUGGCAGCGAUGGCCGGACUCAAGACGGAGCCCAUCCACGAGGAGGAGGCCGAGGAGGAGCUGGACGAGGAUGAGCACGAAAUGGAAGGCAUCCAGUCGGCCGGGCCGGGCAGCCCACAGCCCAUGUGCACCAACGCCGGAGAGGAGAAUGAAGCGGAUUGCGGAGGAGGUCAUCCACAUCUGGUCAUGCCGCCGCCCUCCUUGUCGUUUCACCACCACCUCCAGCAACAACAGCAGCAGCAGCAACAACAACAUCAGGCGACGCCGACGGCCGAAAUCAAGACGGAAGUGCCCUGGAAUGCGGGCGAUUGCGGGCAGCUGAAGGCGGAACCGUCGGGUUGCAUCCGCCCCAGCCCGCCACUUCUGACGUCAGUUGGAGGGACUGCCAUUCCGGCGGUGGUUUCUAGUGCCAACACGACGACGGCGGUGACGACGACGACGCCGUCCAGCGCAGCCAAUGGCGGAUCGACUCCGUCAGCCGUAGCGAGGCCGACCUUCGGCGAAGCCUUUACCGGUCACACUCCGCUGGCCAGCCCGCUGACGAGUCGUCAUCCCAUUCGAUUGCCAUUAUCCGCCGUUUCCGGAGGUCUUCCACAUCCGCCGACGCCUUCGCCCGACUCGGCCAUCCAUUCUGCCUAUUACUCACCGACGGCCAGUCCGGGCCAAUCGCGGCACCGCUCGGGCAGUGGGUUGAGCUCGCCUUAUUCGCACCGGGCCAGCCCGUCGCUGUCGCGCAAUAAUUCCGACGCCUCCCAAUACUCUGUCCACUCGCAAUACGGCGGAUCGCAGUACAGCUACAGCUCGGCACCCUCACCCCUCAGCCCGUCACCCGCUCAAUCGCCCGUUCAGCCCAGGCACAUGGCCAUGCUGUCGGCCGCCGGAUAUGGACUCCCAGGACGAUCCGGCCCAGGAGGAGGACUCGUCGGCGGCUGCAACAACAGCAGCAACGGCGAAUUCCCGCCCUCGCCGCUCCUCUACCGGCAUGGCAUUCCCGGACCCUUUCCCGGCGCCACUCCGGCCGGAUCACUGCCCGGCGUUCGAGACUUGGAGAUCAAAAGCGAGCCGGCUGGUGCUGCCGGCCAUCAUCACAACCAUCACCACCACCACCAGCACCAACAUCAGCAUCAGCAUCAGCAGCAUCCGUCUGGCGGAUUGGGGCUGUCGUCCCACGAGACGCAGGACGACAACAGCCGCGGCGAAGGAUCUGGCGAGGAGAAGAGCGGAUUGAAUCCGUCUGAUCUGGCCCAGCACACGGCGUCGUUGGCGGCCCAGGCGGGCAUUUCCCGGCAGCAGCUGAUCAACAGCCCGUGCCCGAUCUGCGGCGACAAGAUUUCCGGCUUCCAUUACGGCAUCUUCUCGUGCGAGAGCUGCAAGGGAUUCUUCAAGCGGACGGUGCAGAACAAGAAGAACUACGUCUGCCUCCGCGGCGCCGCCUGUCCCGUCACCAUCGCCACACGCAAAAAGUGUCCGGCCUGUCGAUUUGAAAAGUGCCUCAACACCGGCAUGAAACUGGAAGCCAUCCGCGAGGAUCGAACUCGAGGCGGACGGAGUACUUACCAGUGUACUUAUGCCGUGCCCAGCGGGUCGGGAGCGUCGACGGGUCUUGUGGGCGGCGAUCCGUCGGUGGGCGGUUCUUCCUCGACUGGAAACGGAGGCGGAGGCAGCGGAGGCAAAGUCCUGCUGACGCCCAACGGCGACAGCAGCAGCUCCAGGUCGAUGGAUUCAUCCGAAUGGAGCUCGUCGCCUCCGUCGGCCACUCCGGCCGGAGGUGGUGGUGCCCAUCACCACCACCACCACCACGGCCACGGCCAUCACAACAACCACCACAGCAACAACCACCACCUGUUGCUGCACCACCAGCAUCCGCACCAUCCCAGCAACUCGUCGGCGGCCGUUCCGCAGCUCCUCCUCGAAAUUAUGAACGUGGAGCAUUUGUGGCACUGCAACGAGUCGGACGGAGCGGCGGCAGGCGGCCAGCAGCAUCGCAGCAACAGCGGCGGAGGGGCCGCGUCUUCCUCUUCUUCUUCUUCCGGCAAGUCGACGACGGCCCACAACAACGGCGACGGCGGAGGAGGCAACAAUCACAGCAACGGAAACAGUGGCGGUGGUGGUGGGACGGCCGCCGAAGGCGAUUCCGUCUCGAGUUUGUGCAGCAUCGCCGACCACCGCCUCUACAAGAUCGUCAAGUGGUGCAAAAGUCUUCCCCUCUUCAAAAACAUCCAGAUUGACGAUCAGAUUUCGCUGUUGAUCAACACGUGGUGCGAGCUGUUGCUGUUUGCCUGUUGCUUCCGCUCGGUGGCCACUCCGGGCGAGAUCCGCAUUUCCCACGGCAAGUCCAUCACCCUGGAACAGGCCCGCGCCCUGGGCCUUAGCUCUUGCAUCGAGCGCAUGAUCCACUUUACCGACCACUUGCGGAGGCUCCGCGUCGACCAGUUUGAAUACGCCGCCAUGAAGGUCAUCAUCCUCUUGUCUUCCGACACGAGUGGACUGAAGGAAUCGGAAAGUGUUCGCAGUUCGCAGGAGUCGGUGCUCAAAGCCUUGCAGCAGUACACCCUGUCGCACUAUCCGGACGUGCCCUCCAAAUUUGGCGAACUUUUGCUCCGGAUACCCGAGCUGGAACGCACUUGCCAGGUUGGCAAAGACAUGCUGACCGUCAAACGCGAGGGAGACGGCCAAGGAUUCAAUUUGUUGAUGGAACUCCUUCGCGGAGAUCAUUGACCAUCUCCAGACACACACAAACCACAACAAACACAACACACACAAGAAUCAUCACGCAACUCGAAUAAGAAAAUCAAAUGUUUUUUUUCUUUCUUUGAUUCAUUUUUUGUUUUUUUGAACUUUGGACGACGUUUUGGCGAAACAAUUUCGGACUCGUUUUUGCGUGUCGUGCGGACACGAUUCUCGACUGUGAUGGAAGCUCCGCGCCGAAAUGGAUUCGUCGCUAUCGUCUUAGGCAAACUUUUGAUUCUUCGUCACGCAACAGAUUCCUUCCAUUGAAAAAGAAAAAAAGAGAAAACAAAAAAUAAUAAAAAAUGCGGAGAUGAUAAUAAUUUGGAAACCAGAACCCAUUCCACGGAACUGAACCGAUGCCCAGUGAAUAAGAAUAUGUAAGCAAUGAUUGUGUUUUAAGUAGUGCUUCGUGCUCUAGUGAAGGAAAACCCAUUUCGACACACUCGCUCCUCUAUGCAAACGGAAAACUGUGCAAAAAUAUUUCGAAACAAAGGCGAUUUUUUCGUUUUUUGUCAAGGGAAAACCACAAGAUAAAAAAAAAAGUGAACAGAAUUUUUGUGUUUUUUUUUAUCUUUCGCUCCGUCGCUGGGACGGAAAGGACCCCCAGUAAAAACAACAACAAAAAAAUCCAAGUGAUGUUUUUUCUUUUUUGUCUUGUGUUGUCGAUCCAGUGUUUUUAUGUACCAGCCCAACUUUCUUUAUGACUAUUCAUUUUUAUUUCUCUUGUUUUUUCUUCGGUUCUUCUUUUCGUUUGAUUCCGUUGUUUUUACAUACUCCGACUAGUGCAAUCUGCCCCCGUACUCUAUCACGUCGUUUCAGAUUCUGUUAUAAUCUCUCCUUUUUAUUUGAAUUUUCAGAUUCUUGUUUUUUUUGUUUUCUUCUGUCCCGACAUCUGACGGGACGGGAGAAAAAAACCCCAUGAGGCUAUUUCAACAAUUCCUUUUUCUUUUCGUACUACUACACAACUAGAUGCUCUCUCUUUUUCUAAUUUUGUUCCAGUUUUUAUUUUUCUCUUUUCAUUAGCGAGGGAAUAUAUUGAACGUGGUCAACCAACCGUCACAUCCAAAGUAUUACGCUGCGAAUUGGGACGAUGGAAAAUGUUGCAACAUUUUCUUUUUUUUUUUUUUUUCAAUGAAAUUUGGGCAGGUGUCUUUAUCGGGGGGGUUUCCUUUUUCUUUUUUUCCCACCCACUCUUUUUUCAAAUGAAAGCCGGUGAUUUUUUGCUAUAUCGUUUCGAACAAAUUGAAAUGGGGAGAGGGGACAAAACAUUUAUUUAAUCGCUCGGAAAAUCCACACUCCCCCCAGUGAUGCUAGAAUGAUUUUAUUUUGAUUAAUUUUUGGAAAAACAAAAUAUGAAUUGAAUCUCUUUAAAUACUUUUUGUCAUUCAAUAAGGAAAACAAAGGCGACUAUUUGGCAAUAAUAAUAAUUUUUGAAAGAUGUGUCGAUUGUUUUUUGAAUUUUUCGAUGCCUUUUGGAAUGGAUUCACCGGAUAAAUUUGCAAACCAAUAAUUUUUAUUUUUUGAAAUUACCAAACUCCCUCUGCCCAACAGCCAGAUGACAUGUAUUUAUUAUACUCUCUUUCUUUUGUAAGGGUUAUUUGAUUUCAAAUUCAUUUCCCCACCAUUUCUCUGUUUUUGUUAUUUUCUAUAAAUUUUAUUCGGGAAGAUUUUUCGGUUUCCUCUUAUUUCUCAAGACAGCUUUUCAUUUUUUCUCUCCUGUCGUCUUCUUUUCGGUUCUCUUUUCUAUCCUUACGUCUUUUUGAUUCAGUUUGUCAGCAGCAGGAAUAACGAUAUAUGGGAGGAACUUUGCAAUCAUAUUGAUUCCCUAAAUUGUGCCAUUUUUUUACUGAAAGAAAGGGAGAGAAGCUAAGGGAAUUCAACUUUUGGAUCAAAGGACGACUUUGGUGACGACGUUUUUUAAUAACAGAAAAUAAGAACAUUAUAUUCCCUUCACCCCCUUUUUUUUCGACUGCGAAAGGAGCAACAUUUCGAGUGCCUUGGACAUUUGUUUUUUUCUAAAUUUUUUUCAAAGUUCCCGGUUGUCUUUGAUCAUGGCUCGAAUUCCGAUCUAUCACAUUGUCCUCGGUCUUCCCCCUUGUUUAGUUUUUUUGUAGCUUAUUAUAUUAUAAUUCGCUCUCUCGGGUUUGUCGGAAGGAAAAAGAAAAAUGUAUUAACUUUUGAUUGAGGUUUAUUUUGUCAUUUCUCCCAGUUUCUGUUUGGUUUCCUGGCGCAUUGGUUUUUGAAAUCUUAAAUUUGAUUUGAAAUUUUUUUUUAAAUUUUUUAACGGGAUGGGUAGACCAGGAGAGCUAUAGGGUUCCGUUGAUUAUGAAUUGUAAUCUGUUUGUGGAGUGAAUUAAUCUGCGCUGAAAAUAUCGUCUUGUUCGUCCCCCCCAAUUUUAUUUUUCCGAAUCAAUUUUUAAAAAAUUUCUUUUCGAGUUCUUUAUAUCGUGUUCUCUUUUAUUUUGUUUUUUAUUCGAAAAAAGGAGGAAAUACGCAAACAAUUGAAUCGAAUGUUUUUAUAUAUUUACAUACUUAUGGGAUGGAAACAGUGUACAUAUCAAAAAUACUGUACCAUGACAUGAAGAAUUUGUUUGGUCUUGUGUAUGUGUGUGUGUGCUAAAGGAGAGAGAGAGAGAGAGACAACCAAAUCAAGAAUCAUUUUCCCCACCAGCCAGCCCAGCUCUGAUUUCUUUCCACUCACCAAAGUGUCUUCUUGACUCCCGCCCCCCUCCUCCGCCGUGUUGUGAUUUAGCCAUAGUGACGUGCAGCCAAUCCCACCGUAUAUAUUUCCCUCCCUUUUUUCUGAUUUUUAUUUUAUUUUUUCAAAUCGUCGUCUGACUUUUUCCUCUCGUUUUCAAUUGAAUAUCCCCGUGACAAAAGAAGAAGAAAAAAGAACCACCGAAUCCACCACUACUACACGCAUCUUCCAAAUCCAUCGAUCCUCCUGACCUCUUUGAUGUGCUCACCCAAAUUCUACUUAGCUAAAAGGAGCUCUCCCUUUUGUCUCUUUUUUAAAAAAAUCAUUUGCAGCAGCUCUAUACUUUUCGAUUUGUUUGUUUUUUAAAAUUUAAAGUAAGAAAAAAAAAGAUUCAAAAAAGUCUUUCCGUCUUGUUCUUCUCUCCGUCUGAAAAACAUUCUCCUCUCUUUUAUAUGAUUUGGUUGGAAAAAACAAACAAACAAACUUUGAUUAUAAUCACACAAAUCUUUUUUGGAUUGAAAUUUUGUGUUUUUUUGGUUUCUGUCGCCUUGUGAAGGUGGGAAAUGAUGAAGGGAGAAAAAAGAAGAAAAAAGAAGAGUUCUGAGUAAUAUGAAUAACAUAAUGCAUUUUUUGUGAGUGUCUCGAUGCUAGUGUGGAAAUAAAAUUCAUGAGGUUGUUAUA